AUGGUUUGGAUGAGUAAAGUUGAGGGUAAUAGAGGGGCCGUUUGUAUGAUUUUCAAAAGGGGAAAUCCAAGAAAACCUUCUAGCAUUUAUCAGGAAAACCUUCUAGCAUUCUUCCCUGUUCAGACAGUGAAUUGUUUCGCCUCAAGAAGACCUUAUGCUGAGCUGCUCUCCUGCAAAGGGGAAAAAUGUGAUUUGUGGACUUCUUUGAUUGACACACCAAGAUUAUACUUCUUCCUGCUGCUCAGAAACUUUGCAGAGAUGAAGAAAGAAAGCAGUGUUACACUGAAAACUGGGGAGCUACCUGGUCGAUUGACUCGGGCUCGAGCUGCUGCUCUCUGCGCAUCAGGACAGCUACCCCCUUUGAAAGAAAGAGCACAGCAAAAUCAGAUGCAGUUAUCCAGAGUCACUUCAAAAAGAGCAGCUUCUGAUAAUACAUGUGUUCAGCGUAAAAAGAGGGCUGUUCUUCAGGAUGUUACUAAUGUUUGCUGUGAAAAUGCGUACAAAAGUUGUUUCAACUCAAAUAAAAUUCAGGCUAAGAAAUGCAAGCUGUCCAAGGCUGGUCAAAUUAGUGCAUCCAUAGCUCCUUCUGUUGCUGUGGAGUCACUGCAAUUAGAAGUUGACUCCAAAGCAAAGAGUUUACAGGAAACAGCAUUGAAGUCAGAAGAUACUAUGUGCUCAAAUAAUUUGGAAAACAAAGAGCUUCUACGGCCAAGUUCCAAUGAGUGUAACAUGGAUGUUAGACUGCCUGAAAGUCAGAUGUCUGGAAUAUCUGCUCAUCCUUUGAUGUCUCAGAAGAAAGACAAGAAAGAUAACCUUUCGAAACUUUUGACUGCAUUGAAGGAUCCAGACGUCAUUAGCAUAGACGAUGAUCUUGGAGAUCCUCAAUUGUGCAGCCUCUAUGCCGCUGAUAUCUAUGACACCAUGCGUGUUGCUGAGCUUGCAAGAAGACCUUAUCCUAAUUUUAUGGAGAUGGUGCAGCGAGAUAUCACUCAAACCAUGCGUGGAAUACUGGUUGAUUGGCUUGUAGAGGUUUCGGAGGAAUACAAAUUGGUUACAGAUACUCUUUACCUCACUGUGUAUCUCAUAGAUUGGUUCCUCUCCAAAAAUUACAUUGAAAGACAACGACUUCAGCUACUUGGCAUCACCUGCAUGCUAAUUGCCUCGAAGUACGAAGAAAUUAACGCCCCGCGUAUUGAAGAUUUCUGCUUCAUCACAGACAAUACAUACACCAAAGCUGAGGUACUGAAAAUGGAGUGUCAAGUGUUGAAGUCGUCUGAAUAUCAGCUGUUUGCUCCUACUAUUAAAACAUUUCUCAGGAGGUUUCUUCGGGCAGCACAAGCUUCAUACAAGGACCCCAGCCUUGAAUUGGAGUACCUGGCCAAUUACCUAGCUGAACUAACACUGAUGGACUACGGUUUGUUGAAUUUCCUUCCCUCUAUCAUUGCUGCAUCAGCUGUAUUUCUUGCCAGGUGGACACUGGAUCAAUCAAACCACCCCUGGAAUCCAACACUUCAGCACUAUGCAAGUUACAAAGCAUCAGAUUUGAAAACCACAGUUCUUGCAUUGCAGGACCUACAGCUGAAUACUGAUGGCUGCUCUCUAACUGCCAUCCGCACAAAAUAUGGACAAGACAAGUUUAAAUGUGUAGCCGCUCUGUCUUCACCAAAACUGCUUGAAACUUUGUUCUGA